UAUUUCGAUUUUAGUUCACGAAAAUGUUGAAUCUAAUAUAGAAAACUUGUAUUGAAAUACUAUCUAUUGGGACCGCUAUGAAAUAAAGAUAAAAGCUUGAUAUUUUUAUUGUCGAAUUUGCGUGUUCCCUUCGCGUAAGAAAGAAUAAAAUAUACAAGAUGCUGAAGAAGCGCACUGUCUUCCUGGCGGUGGCAGUGUUCCUGGGGAUGGUGGCUGUCUCUGUGGCACAGGGCCAUGUCCCCGUGCCGCCAUCUCCAGACCCUUCUACGCCUUCUACUACACCGCGGGCUGCAAUCCAGGGCAGUUUCCUACAAGGGUUCCUCGCGUCUCUCUCCGUGGUCAUAGUUUCGGAGUUGGGUGAUAAAACAUUCUUCAUAGCGGCAAUCAUGGCGAUGAAACACCCUAGAAUCAUAGUCUUCGCUGGUGCCAUAUCAGCACUGGUCUUCAUGACUAUUCUAUCAGCAGCAUUCGGAUGGAUAGCAACCGUUAUACCUCGAGUUUAUACUCACUACGCCAGUGCGGUGCUUUUUGCUAUAUUUGGUAUUAAAAUGUUAAGGGACGGGUGGAAAAUGAACCCUAAUGAAGGACAAGAGGAAUUAGAAGAAGUACAGAGUGAACUGAAAAGAAGAGAAGAUCAGGAAGAAAAAGAAGAAACGUUAGACAUGUUAGAACAAGGACAAGUGGAAAACAGAAGACGGAAAAGAAACGCCGUCCUCAAAGUUCUUCUCCAAGCGGCGACGCUAACCUUCCUCGCCGAAUGGGGGGAUCGGUCGCAGUUAGCGACCGUGGUACUCGCGACCAGGGAAAACGCUUUCGGCGUGGUCGUCGGCGGGUCGCUAGGACAUGCCCUUUGUACGGGGCUGGCUGUGAUAGGCGGUAGGAUGGUCGCUGCCAAGAUUUCUGUUAGGACUGUUACCAUAAUCGGUGGAAUUGUGUUCCUGUUUUUCGCAGUAAGCGCGCUCGUCAUCGGGCCCGGUGAUUAGAUCUCUAGUUUUAUACCUAUGUGUAAGUGACAAUAUGUACUGUACAUUGUUAUUUUAGCUGAGAUAAUCUCACUUGUUUAUAUAUGUAUAUUAUAUGUUUGAUUGUAGAUAAACAUUUGGAUAAUUUGUUGGAACAAUACUAGCUUGAAUGUUACCCGAGUAACUUAUAGAGACGAAUGUGAAAUAAAAAUGUAUAAUUUUAUAAAGGCCUAAACUCCACCAAAACGGAGAAAUAAAGAUUUUAAACGGCCAAUAGCAUUUCGUUGCUAAGAAUUACCGCUGAGUGGGCGGAGACAAGAUGAAAUUGAAUUCUAUUGGUUGUUGAAAAACUUCUCUAUUCAACUCCAUUUUGGUAGAAUCUGUGCCUAAAGGGGGUCAUUAGAAAAAUAAUCUGACUAUAAAGUGCCCUUUCAAGAGUACUUUUAUCAUAAAAAUAUUUGUACAGACGCCAGCAGGUCAACCUGUCCAAAUCUGUCAAAUUUUACCAAACCUAUUGUGAUAAGGUUGAAAAUCUAUUGAAGACAUUUGACAGAUUGACGCAGGUUGACGUCUGCACAUUAUAUUGACUGGUACUUGAUAUAUGACAGUAGGUAUUUAUGCUUUCCAAAAACAAAAUCAACAUAAAGAUAAUUCGUACGUGUGAAAAUGUUCGAAGAUAAACCGAGUGUGGUAUCGAUAGGCGCUGUUAAGAUAGUGUUGUUCUACGGAUUUACAUCGAUAUUGUUAUGUCGUCUCCAAUUGUGAUGAAUACCUAUAAUAUUAAAAGUAAGCUCCUCGACUUAGGCCAUUUUUUUAAAUAAUAUACACAAAAACACACAAUACAUACGCAAUUUAUACAGAUAUUUUCAGGACCAUGCUAUAUGUUUCUUGUUUACCAUUCUACCCUACUAUUUUCAUAGAUGAUUUAAUUUUUGGUCACACAUGCAAUUAUUAAUUAUUUUAGACACUAUUAUUCUCAACUGUGACUAGAAAUGUCAACAGAUUAAUAAUUAUUACUCACGUAGCCCUUGGAUUGAGUACAUUACUUCUUUUCUAUUGUUUAAUUCUUAUGAAAUUCUUGACGAAGCAUGCCAUAUUAUGAAGUGGUCGUAAUUCUUAACCUUCCCUUUACUUACAUAGUAAUGCACUUAUCAAUGCCACUAUCGUAAACUCAAUCUAUUUGAGUGUACAUCAGGUUUAAUUCACAACACGAGCUAGCAUUAUCGUUCAACUAGCCGUUUUCCCGCGGUUUCACUCGCGUUCCCUUGGAACUACUGCCCGUACCGGGAUAAUAUAUAGCUUUUACUCGGAAAGAGUGUAGCUUUCCAACGGUGGAAGAAUUUUUCAAAUCCGUUCAGUAGUUUUGGACCCUUUUGGGUACAAACAAAAAAAUGUUUCUUCUUUAUUACAUAUUAGCUUUUGCCCGCGGCUUCGCUCCCGUCAACUGACUUCUCUACUUUACCCUAUUUUUUUUUUCAUAAGAACCUUCUCCUGACAAUAACAAACACAACAAAAAAAGAAUUAGCCAAAUUGGUCCAGGCGUUGUUGAGUUAUGCGCUUACCAACACAUUUUGCGAUUCAUUUUUAUAUUAUAGAUUAGAAAAAUGUAUGUACGCACUUUUGGAGACGGCAUACAAUAUUCCACAAAGAAAUUGAAUACAAUCAUACUUUCAAAUAAAUAACGUAAUAUGUGAUACAUUGCUUUGUUUGAAACUCUUUGUUUCAACGAAUUACUCAGAAACGGGCAAUGUUAACAAAUGCGAUGUUAUUUUUUUCAACUGUCUUGUAUAUUUUGUGUAAAUUUUGAAUUGUGAAGAGCUAUAGGCGUUAAUGAUAGUCGGUGAGGAAUUUAAAAAUCGAAUUUCGAAAUGAGAUUUAUCGGCCUGCAAACGUUAUUAUGAUUAACACGAAAAUUAUGUAUAGGUAACCGAAAAAAGGUUUUAAAUGAAUCGGCAUAGAGUGCUUCCAUCUGUAGGCUAUCGUAUUUUUGAGAAAGAAAUUUGAAGAAAAUAUAAGUGAAAUCAGGUUGGAUAUAAUCGUUAAGUUUUAUUUGUGUAUGGAUAGGAAUCUGAACGAUUUGAAGAGAUGUACUAAUAAAGAAAUAAGUUCGGUUCGUUCCAAGUAGUCACAACAAUUUUCUAAGAACAAAAAAUGUAAGGCCAUUUUGUAGAAGACAAAACUAAUGACGCGGACGGAUCUGCCUUUAUUACGAAAGAGAAAAAAAUUGCCAAACUUUUUUUUGUAUCCUAGUAUGAUUGUUCUAGAUAAAAUUAUAUAAAUUACCUAGCUUAACAUAAAUAUAUAUUAUGAUAUUAUUAUAAACGCUUCUAAAUAACGCCAGGUGCGUUCUAAUAUAAUCAUUUGACUUAUAUUUUUAUACUCCUUGUCUGUGAUCUUGUAUGCAUGGUGAAUUAUUUUUAACUAUUAACUACACAGUACAAUGUAAAACGAUUAAAAUUAAAAUAGUUUGCAUUUAAAAAGCUUUAUAUAUGUAACAAAAAAAUAUUUGGUAUGAGAAAGUAAUUUGAACGUUCUUUCUGUUUCCCUCCAUUUUGUUUUGGCGCUUAAUUCAAAAUUAGACAAGUUGUUCUGCGAAAUUGUGCUAUCCUACGCAUUUAGAGUAGAAAUUAAAAAUACUUUUAGUUUUCAUCUGAGUUUGUAUUUAUAAGCUAAAUAACACAUGUCAUAAGUGUUGCUAUUGUAGAAAAUAAUAUUGAUCUUUGUUUGUGUCAGCCAUUUUGCCUUAUGUAAUUUAUAAAUAAUUCGAGAAUGUAAUAUGAUCAUGUGGUGUAAAUCAAAAUGAAAUGCGGUAAUGACGUUAAAUAGAAUAUUAAUGUGUUAAUUUUGUUACGAAUGAUAAAAUAAAAUAUGCUGAUACGAAACGAAAUGUCGGACAUUGUGUCAAUUUUACAUGAAUUCGAAAUAGAAAAUAAAACAAUAGAUUUAAAUUAACUUAGUGGAGUAAUAAAAAAACAUGUUAACGCGUAGAUUAAGCGGGUUGUGUACGUAUUAUAUUCGAAUUGCUAGCGUACAUAAUCUUUACGGGAAGUGACGGACGAAAAAGUACCAGCUUUAGUGCUAGAUUUAAACCAUUAACUUUGUUCAAGAGUUUAAACCUAGUACUAAAACCAAUACUUUUAAAGACCACGUUUUAUAAUCAUUAGGGCUAUUUAGUUCGAAUAUAGUAUAACUAAUACCCGUAAUAUGGCUUUACUUGUUAAAACUAGACUGUAAGGAGUUUAAUCUUUGCAAAGUCAGGUGUUGUGUGUUUUUUAUCGAAUUUUGUAUGACACGACGAUGAAUAUAUUCCAACGUGAAGUUUCUGCGCAAAACAAUUUAGGAAUGAUCUAGAUUAUUCUAGAUGCAAUAAAUAGAUAACUAGGCAAACAAGAACAAUCACUGUGUAAGUACUGAUGCCCUGAAGUAUUGCGUUUUGUUAUUGCUAAAUACAAAGUAACAACGUUUAGGUAUGAAGCGUUAAAUAAAUACUUUAUGGUAUCAGCACCAUUAAUGAAUUAAAACUAUUUUUACUAUGACCUAAUUUUAACAUGUUGAAGAACCUGUUAAAAUUACACCUAACCACAUUCAGAUUUGCUUAAUAAAUAUGCAUUUAAACAACUCUGAGUGGGUUAAACGUAAUGUAAUAUAAUGUUGAAGAUAUAAUUUUAUAAGUACAAAAAUGUCAACUGGAAAUCACAUAGAUGUUGCUUGGAAAUUGUUGAUUAAAAAAAGUAUUAUUUUGUAAAAACGAUAAAUAAAAUGUGUAAAUAAUGUA